AUGGCCUCUCGGUGGCAGGGUGUGGGGGCCUCUAGGCGCCGCAGAUCUCUGCAGGACCAGGAGCAGCUCCAGGAGAGCGUGGUGCCGCAGCCUGCAGUUGACAGUCUGGAGAGCUCCACCAGCGCCCUAGGCUCCCUGUGCAGACAGUUCCAAAGGAGGCUGCCCCUGAGAGCAGUCAGCCUCAACCUCGGGGCUGGCCCUUCCUGGAAACGCCUGGAAAACCCAGAGCCAGGGCAGCAGGGUCUCCAGGCUGCAGCACGCUCAGCUAAGAGUGCUUUGGGUGCCAUGUCCCAGAGAAUCCAAGAGUCCUGCCAACAUGGCACCAAGUGGCUGGUGGAAACCCAGGUGAAAGCCAGAAGGAAGAGAGGGGCACAGAAGGGCGGUAGCCCUCCACCUCGCAGCCUGAGCCAGAAGAACACCCGGCUGUCUGGAGCCACCCCUGCCUAUUCAGCCCUGGACCCCUGAGAGAAGGAGCGGCACAGCCCCUCUGCCCAGAGGGGCCCACGGGCCCACCCACUACGGCGGUCCAGAAGGGAGGCUGCCUUCCGGAGCCCCUAUUCCUCGACAGAGCCCCUCUGCUCCCCCGGGCAAUCUGACAGUGACCUGGAGCCUGUGGGGACAGGAAUUCAGCAUCUCCAGAAGCUGUCCCACAAGUUAGAUGAAGCCAUUGUAGCUGAAGACAGUGGUGACAUGACCGUUUGUCUCAUUCAUGACUGA